CUCUUUAUCGACGGUCUGAUAAUGGACGCUACAUUUAUUAAAUGAAAUUUAGCGCGAUGCAAUUGGACGCUAAACUGUAGUAAACCUAUCUUCACAUUUUCCAUUAAAUCAGUUUCUGUCUUGUAGCCGCCAAGAACCACCAUUUCUGAAGCUGCGACAGUGCUCCUCUAGUCUUCACCGUAUCUCGCAACGCAAGUGUUAUAGGACCCUGCUGACUGUGUUGCUGAAUCCCAAAUGGAUAUUGGAGUGCUCCCACCUAAGCCCAUCAUUCGGAACGUAUAUUCUAGAAGGAAUAGGGUGAGGGAAAAUUAGUUACGUGACGUGGCUAGUUAUUGUUACACAUUCUGAUAGAGUGAAUCGAUACAUAAGCAAGAAUAGUGGGGAGUACAGUCAAUCACGAAUUCUGUUGCUUAAUUUCAAGAGAUUUAUUCACUGGCAGGACUUUGUUCUGGUUAUCACGAUCUUGUAAGAGUGUUGGCUCACCAUUACAAAAAUGGAUCGUAGUUGGAUGUACGAUAGGUUCAAUCCUCAUAGGAGAGGCUUGAAAUAUGAGUUUAUUAGCGGAGUUCAGGAGUUUAUUAAGAAGGCUAAGGAACAACCCUGCUUUUUGUCUGAGAGAAAGAUCAAGUGUCCAUGUGAAUCGUGCAAGUGUCUAAAGUCUUUCACUCCAAGAGAUGUGGAAGGUCAUUUGUACAAGAGUGGUUUUAAACCAAACUAUUCGAUCUGGACUGAGCACGGAGAACUAGAGCAAAAUAUUUGUCUAAUGAAGCAAUCAAAUAGUAGUGAACAUAUGGAGAAAGAGGAGGUGGUGGUGGAGGAGGAGGAUCCCAAAACUCCUCAUACGGAGGAGUCAGAAGAGGAGGAUCCCGAAACUCUUCAUACAGAGGAGUCGGAAGUAGAGGAGAAUCCCAUGACUCUUCAAGAAAUAGAUUCAAACAAGCAGAAUGCUGAUGGGAAGGUUCUUAUACGACCUUGUGGACGAGGGUGGGCUCCUAGCUCGGCGCCUGCUGCUGCUAUUAAACAUGCCAUCCAGUCACAUUUUCAAGGUCCUUUCCAUCGCUGGAAGGAGACUCCAGAGGAUGUAAGGGAAUAUUGGUGGAAGUUGUUUGGGGACAUGAUUGCUUGGGAUCCUCGUGAUCACAGGUAUAUCAAAAAGACAUUUCAAUCGAGAGGCGCAAAGCGCCUUUCAGGUAUGCUCUCGAAAGUGAGGAAGAAGGGGAUAAGACCUCAUUGGAUAUGUGAAGAGGCUUGGAAGGGUCUUAUUACCCAUUGGGAGGGUGAAGCUUUUAUAAAGGUCUCUACCCAAAACAAGACUAAUCGGGCUUCUGGUAAAGCUGCAGUCCACACCACAGGCCGCAAGGCUCAUGUUGAUGUGGCACUUAGCAUGGCUCAUGAACUCGGACGUUCUGUGGAUCCUGCCGAGCUCUUCAUGGCUACCCAUAAAAACAAGUCUGGCAAUUGGGUUGAUAACCGCUCUCAAGCGACAUAUGAACAUUAUCAUGAUCGUCUGAAGGAGGUACAAAAACAAAUUGGCGAGGCCUCCCAGAAUGGGGAGCAGGUUGUAGAUGAGGCGACAAAGCUUGAGCUGUGGAAAGAGGUUGCUGGGGGAAAAACAAGAGGUUCCUAUGGCACUGCUGAUUUUGCUUCAAAUCUCGGAUGUGGUGUAACUUCACUGACUCAGGAGUCUCGGGAACCUUAUAGUGGCAGGUGUGAUCAUGCCAUGCAUAUUGAGGCCAUUGAUGCAGCUUGUCAGGAGGCUGCCACAGCACUUCAGGAGGCUGCUGCAGCACGUCAGGAGGCAGCUGAUGCGAAACAACGUUAUCACCUUUUGGAGGAGCAGUUUCUCAAGGUAGUGAAAAGCAUGAAAGCUCUAGAGCGCCAGUCAGCAAGUGCUUCAACAAGUGCAAGUCUAGCUCAUAGGGGACUUCCUAACAAUGAUGGUGACCAUUCGCCAGAUGAGGUCAUGCCAGACUGUCGACGAAAGAAACGUCAAGCCAUAAGGCGGCAUUCUCACUAUGACGACAACCAUUCUUUAGAUGAAAUCUUACUAUACCGUCGCCGAAAGCAACAUCAGGCUCAAAGGGGACGUCCUUACUAUGAUGAUGACAAUUCACUAGAUGCAGUCGUACGAAAGCAGCAUCAAGCUAAAAGGGGACGUCCUCAUUAUGAUGACGGUGAUUUGCUAGAUGAGGCCGUACGAAAGCAACAUCAAGCUAAAAGGGGACCUCCUUACUACGAUGAUGACACUUUGCUAGAUGAGGUUUUGCCAAAGCAACGUCAAGCUAAAAGGGGACGUCCUCAGUAUGAUGAUGACAAUUCGCUAGAUGAGGUCUUACCAAAGCACCGUCGAGCCAAAAGGGGACAUCCUUACUAUGAAGAUGAUUUGCUAGAUGAUGUCUUGCCAAAGCAAUGUCAAGCUAAAAGGGGACGUCAUCAGUGUGAUGAUGACAAUUCGCUAGAUGAGAUCUUACCAAAGCACCGUCGAGCCAAAAGGGGACAUCCUUACUAUGAAGAUGAUUUGCUAGAUGAUGUCUUGCCAAAGCAAUGUCAAGCUAAAAGGGGACGUCAUCAGCAUGAUGAUGAUAAUUCGCUAGAUGAGAUCUUACCAAAGCACCGUCGAGCCAAAAGGGGACAUCCUUACUAUGAAGAUGAUUUGCUAGAUGAUGUCUUGCCAAAGCAAUGUCAAGCUAAAAGGGGACGUCAUCAGUGUGAUGAUGACAAUUCGCUAGAUGAGAUCUUACCAAAGCACCGUCGAGCCAAAAGGGGACAUCCUUACUAUGAAGAUGAUUUGCUAGAUGAUGUCUUGCCAAAGCAAUGUCAAGCUAAAAGGGGACGUCAUCAGCAUGAUGAUGAUAAUUCGCUAGAUGAGAUCUUACCAAAGCACCGUCGAGCCAAAAGGGGACAUCCUUACUAUGAAGAUGAUUUGCUAGAUGAUGUCUUGCCAAAGCAAUGUCAAGCUAAAAGGGGACGUCCUCGCUAUGAAGAUGACCACUCGCUAGACGAGGUCUUACCAAAGCAACAUCAAGCUAAAAAGGGACUUCCUCACCAUGAAGAUGACCACUCGCUAGAUGAGGUCUUACCAAAGCAACAUCAAGCUAAAAAGGGACUUCCUCAUCAUGAAGAUGACCACUCGCUAGAUGAGGUCUUGCCGAAGCAACAUAAAGUUAAAAGGGGACAUCCUCACUAUGAUGAAGACGAUUUGCUAGAUAUGGGGCAUCCUCAUUAUGCUGAUGACGAUUUGCAAGACGAGGUCGUCCCAAAACAAUAUCGGGCUCCAAAGCGACACCCUCAAUAUGAUGAUGACGAUUUGCUAGAUAGGGGGCAUCCUCACUAUUAUGAUGACGGCUCACCAUAUGAGGUCGUACCAAAGCAAAAUCGAACUCCUAGGGGUCACCCUCACUAUGAUGAUAACAAUUUGCUAUAUGAGGCUAAGUCAAAGCAACGUCAAGCUAAAAGGGGAUAUCUUCACUAUGAUGAUGUUUCGCCAGAAGAGGUCUUUCCAAAGCAACGUCAAGCUAAAAGGGGGCAUCCUCACUACGACGAUGAUUUGCUAGACGAGGUUUUACCAAAGCAACAUCAAGCUAAAAGGGGACAUCCUUACCAUGAUGAUGAUUCACCAGCCAGUCGCCGCCAUCGUUACCGUCGUUGAGUUUGAUUUCUUUGAUAUGUAUUUUAUUCUAAGACUAAAAAGUAUUACCUUUGUCUUGGUUUAUAUUUGAUAUCUAUUAUAUAUUUAUGUCGGUUUAGACAGGGAUAUAUCCAGUACAGAUUUUGUUCAUCAGAUCAGUAACUAUAAACAGCAUUAGCUUGGCGGACGCCAUCUUAUUUGAGCGAGUCCUAGCCUAACCUGCAUAAGAAUAUUGUGCAAACUAUAUGACUCAUUCCCUUCUACAUGUAUUAUUAGUAUUUCCAAUCA